CUCUCUCUCUCUCUCUCUCUCUCUCUCGAUGGCUUCGACCAGCGCUUUAUCCUCGCGGCUUUCCAGCUUUCACAGACUCACCGACUCCGCAGACUAUCACUCUUUCCGUGAAGUAAGCUCAUAUCCAGGCAGUCCAAUAGUAUCAUGGCCUAUUAAGACUGGGAGGACGGCCCGAUCAUCCCGUGUUUAUGGUUUAUUUGGUGGCAAGAAGGAUAACAAUGACAAGGGUGAUGACAAGGCCGGAAUAUUCGGUAAUAUGCAAAAUCUGUACGAAACAGUUAAGAAAGCCCAAAAUGUUGUACAAGUUGAAGCAGUGCGUGUGCAGAAAGAGCUUGCUGCGGCUGAGUUUGAUGGUUACUGUGAAGGUGAGAUAAUAAAGGUAACGCUUUCUGGUAACCAGCAGCCAGUACGCACAGAGAUAACCGAGGCUGCUAUGGAACUAGGAGCAGAAAAAGUCUCUCUUUUGGUUACUGAAGCAUACAAAGAUGCACACCAGAAGAGUGUGGUGGCCAUGAAGGAGAGAAUGAGUAACCUUGCUCAGAGUUUAGGAAUGCCACCAGGCCUCGGCGAACUCAAGUGAUAUUGAUGUCAAUUGAACCUGUGGCAGUAUAAUGGGUCACCAUGUUAGUCGUUUUUGUAGUUUCUGAGUUGUAACAAAAUAUUAACAAUUUUCAUUGACAAUUUCAUUGCUUC